CUGCGAGUGAGUGCAAGUGUGAGCACUGGUUGUGAGCGCUGGUAGUGUUGGUUGUGUUGGUGUUGUUAUACAGAGUUGUGGUACACAUAAUGUGUACAAUAAUGACUGCAACAAACCUUUUCCGUUGCCUAACAUGUAGUGAUUUUUGGCUCAAAUAAACUAAAUGAUGGAUAAUUUGGAUAAUUGUGUCGAUAAUAACGACUCAGACGUUAGGAUUGAACAACAAUUGCGGAUCAAAAUCGGUGAGGCCAAGAACUUAAUGCCAAGAAAUGGUUCCAACAGUUCCAGUGGUUUACGGGACUGUUAUUGUGUGAUAAGUCUGGAUAGGGAGCAGAUAUAUCGGACAUGUAGUACAGUUGAACGGACACUCAAUCCUUUCUUUGGCGAAGAGUUUCAGUUUGAGAUUCCGCGACGUUUUCGCAAUUUAGCCAUUUAUUUAUACGAUAGGGAGAGAUCUGUUAAUAACAAAGACAAAGUGAUGGGUAAAGUGGCCAUUAAGAGGGACGACCUCUCAAAAUACCACAACAAGGAGUCCUGGUUUCCGAUCAAACCGGUGGACCCCGACUCUGAAGUUCAGGGGAAAAUACACGUUGACAUCAAACUAGACCACUGUUUCAAACCCGGUGCCCAUCAAACACAGCCUAAAGUAGCCGUCAGAGUUAUCGACUGCAAUGAUCUCGGAGUCAUCAAUGGUUGUUGUGAUCCGUAUGUAAUCGUAUCGCUAUAUAAUGGUCUCAUCAGACAAGAGGCCAAACGAACCAAAAUUAAGAAAAAGACAGUUAAUCCGCAUUACGAGGAAAUCUUCUAUUUUGAUAUUCCAAUUCGAGGUCAAAAUCAUGACAGGAAUUCAGUUCGAAGUCUUAAUAACGUUAAUGUAAUUAAUAAUAAUAAUUUAGAAUUGAGGUUGUCAGUGAUGCACGACGGGAACGGUAUGUUUGGCAGUGCUUUCCUCGGAGAAGUCAAAAUACCACUCAAUGACAUAGACCUCAGCGGACACAACGCCUGGUAUUUAUUGCAACCCCGAGAUAGCGGUCGUAGUGAUGAUCGCGUGGCCACCGAUUUGGGUUCCCUUCGCCUUAAAAUUGAUUACACGUUUGAUUAUGUGUUUUCUAGUCGUUUCUACGAAACCAUCAGAAAAUUAAUUCUUAUAUCACCAGAAAUUAAGCCGAUAAGUUCAAGCACUGCCUACAUAUUGGGCGAACUUGUGUCCAACAAAGUAGAUGCCGCUCAACCUCUGGUCAAGAUCUUUAUGCAUUAUAAGAAGAUAAUCCCAUUAAUCAAAGUGUUAGCUGAGGCUGAGAUAUCCAAAGUGACGUAAGUUUGCAUUAAAUGUUUC